CUUUUUGUUUUGGUCAGUCGUGUGUAAGGAGUGUCGGAGGGAGGUUGCGGUGUGGUGGUACUGGAGAGCUGCCACUGAACGUGAACAGAGAUAAUGUCAGGUGAUAUUCAACCCAGGAAGCGCAAGGGAAAGGGAAAGAGGAAAGGUCACCAGCAGGUGGUGCUGCUGGAGGACGCCGAGUCAAAGCAGCGGCCACCCAAAGUUGCCUCCUAUGACUUUGAAGAUGAGGUGAUCGAAUCCAAGACUCACCACAACAACAACAAAAACCACAAUGCCAAGGUGGUCAGUAAUGGUGAUGCUGGCAUUGGUGGAAGCGGCAGCAGUGGCUUUGUGGCCAAGGCAAUCUUCCUCCUGCUGUUGGUGUCCUUGUCAUUGGUGGUGGCUCUUAUCCUAGUGGAGCUUCGAGGCAAGGAGAAGGCUGCUAUGGAAGACAAUGCUUUGAAAUCUGAGGUGGGAGAGGAGAUGGUACCCCCACCACCACCACCACCACCCCCAGCAAUGGAAGAGGAAUCUCCUUCAGCUGAAGCCUCUAUAGCACAGGAAGCUGAAGAAGAGGAACCAGAGCCAUUAUCAGCCACACCACCGCUGGAAGAGUAUGUCAAGGUGGUGAGAGAGGUAGUGAUGGAGCCUCUCCCAGGUGAAGCUCUUCCACAGCCUGAAGCAGAAGAUAAACGUGAGGAUGAUCCUGUAGUGGAGGAAGUGGUGGAAGUGGUGGAGGUGGUCACUCCUGUGGAAGAGAUAGUGGAGAUACUACCCACAACAGAAGAAGUUGUGGAACCACCCUCAGAUACAUCACCAGCAGAAGAGCCAGAUGAGGUACAGACUCCUCCUACUGAAGAUGUUAAGACAGAAGAACCAGAGGUAGAAGAUAAAGGAGAUGAUAUUGUAAAAGAGAAAACACCAGAAGAUCCUGAGAUAGAGGACAAAGAUGACGAUGUGAAAGAGGAAACACCAGAGGAACCAAUUUCUGUUGAGGUGGUGGAGCCUGUGGAGGCCACCCCAUCAGCUGAAGAAGAAGAAGAGGAGAAGGAGGAGGAAAAAUUACCAGCUGAAGUCACUGAUGAUAAAGAACCUGCUGAAGAGAAACAGCCUGUAGUGGAUGAAGAGAAAGAGGAGGAGGUAGAAGAAGAAGAAGAAGAAGAAGAAGAAGAAGAAGUAAAAGAAGAAGAAGAAGAAGAAGAUGAAGAGGAAGAAGAAGAAGAAGUAGAGUCACCUUCAGCACCUGUAGAAGAGAAGGUGGUUCCGGAAGAGAUGCCAAUAGAUAAAGAAAAUGAGGAGGAGGAAGAGGAUUGGUCCCAGUUUGGCAAGGAAGGAAGCACUGGAGCUCUGACGGAUGCCUACCUUAAAGUGGAGGUUUUAGCUGAGGACAUCCUGGCCUUGGAUCCACAGAAUGCUAUGGUGGCUCAGGUGGCACCCCACAUGGCAGGCGUUUGGCGGGCCAUGAAAGAAGGGCAGACUGAAGGACUCCUGGAAACACUCAACCAUAUUCAAGUGAUUCUGGAGGAUGUUAAGAAACGCGUUGAGGAGAAGGAGCCCAUCGUCAUCCCAGGACCUCCCUCACAAGAUGCACCUGAGCCUGAAGAGCAGCCUGAACCUGUGUCUGAAUCUGCUCCUGAGCCUGAGUCUGUGGUCAAAGCAGAGGUUGAAUUGAGCUCUGAACCUGAGACUGUAGUAGAGCCUCAGUCAGAGCCCAUAUUACAGGAAGAUCCUGAGACCCAAACUUCUGUAGAACCAGACCAGCAUAAAGAGCAAGAGCCAGAGGUAGUGUCUGAGGAAGCAGUGACCGAGGGUGACUCAGGGUCAGAGAUUCAGGAAGCUGUAGAGACAGAGAAGGAAGUAGAGGUGGAGGUUGUAAAGACCGAGAAGGAAAUAAAGGUGGACACUAUAGAGACAGAGAAGGAAGCAAUAGUGGUAGACAAAAUAACUCAGACUGAUGUAGUACAGACAGAGAUGAAAACAGAGGUAAAGGCUGUAGGUACAGACAAGGGUGAAGAGAUAGUGGCAGACUUAGAGACACAGACUGAGGAACCAACACAAACAGAGGCAGAGCCAGAAUUGGGAACAGAAACAGAGAGAGACAGUGAAGCAGGUGUUGAAAAAGAAAUGGAAUUAGAAACAGAAGUACAGGAUGAGAAGGAAACAGAAGACAUAGAAACUCAUAAUAUAGGAAAUGAAAAUGUAGAAGUAGAAAUAGUGGAAGAGAAAGAUAUAGCAGAGAACCAUUCAGAUACAGUAAUAGAGACUAACAAUGAGGCAGAGACACAGACAAGUGAGACAGAAACAGAUUUUGAAUCAAAGCCAGCUCUUCAGGAACAAUCAGUGCCAGUCCCAGUACCAGCAGAGGAAGAGCACAAAGCUCCUGAGGCUGCAGGGAGCAUUUCUGAGGCUGAAAUUGCUGACAUAGAGGCUCAGAUCAUCCCUGAUGGUACCCCAGAAGAUCCCCUGCAGCCAGGUCCUCCUCCAGCUGAGGAUGAAGAACCUGUUACUCCACAGGUUGCUGAGGGAGGGUCUGACACAGAACCAGUUGAUGAAGUAAUCCCUGAUCCCAUUCACAUUGAACCUCUGCAGGAGCCAGCCAAAGAGCCACAAGUUGAGGCUGUGGAAGAGAAGCAGCCACUGGAUACAGAGGAGAAGGUUGCUGAUACUGGUGCCAAUGGUGACAGCAUAAUUGAUAGCACAAUCCGGGAAGAUCUGGAGCAGGCAGAUGAAUUGCUGCCCGAGAACCCAGGAAAGGCCCUCAACGCCUUUGGGGCUCUUCUCCACCACAACCCUAAAUCAGCAAGAGCUAUAUAUGGUCGUGCCAGGUCUUUGGACCAACUGGCAGAAACUGAAAAGUCAAACUCCAAACUAGAACAAGCAAUCGUGACCUACCGCUCACUCAUGGAUCUAGCUGAUGAGGAGCCUGCCCUUGUCCCGCUCCCUUUAUUGCAAGCAGCAGCUGAGAGGUGCAUCGACCGUAUGAAGUUUAGAGGGUUCUUUGGAAAGGCUCUCAGGGUGCAGCAGCGACUCCUACGGCGCUUUCCAGAUGAUAUUACCCUGAGAAAUAACAUGGGAGUUACUUACCUGCUCAUGAAUCAGGGCUCAGCUGCCAAGGAGGUGUUUGAGGCAGUGCUGCAGCAGUGGCCAGAUAAUGGGUUUGCUCAGGUUCAUUAUGGGUUUGUGCUGAAAACAACUUAUAACAAUAUUACUGGAGGAGCAUAUUACAUGCAAAAGGGCAUAGCAAGCAUGGCUGACGGAACACAGGAUGAACGGUUCUUCUUCCACCUGGGUGAUGCCUUACAACGGCAGGGGAAGGUUGAAGAAGCUUACAAGAUUUAUGAUGAAGCAGUGGAGAAAGGCAUGUUCCUCAAUAGGUACCAGCGAUCCCUUUAUAAUGUUGACAGAUUGACUUCACAACCUCUUUGGACCCUAGAACAAACAACUUAUCAGGUCUUCUUCAGGAAACUAGAGGAAAACUGGGAGGUGAUUCGUAAUGAAGGUGUGGCUCUUCUUGGACUGCCGGUUCAGGAUGGGUUCCGUCCAGAAGCAGAAAACCUUAGGGACAUUGGAGACUGGAAGCAGUAUGAGUUGUUUACCAAAGGACGUAAGAUCACCGCCAACUGUGUAAAAGCUCCAAGGACCUGUUCUCUGAUAGAACAGUUUCCUGCAGCUGCUGGCUGUAAAAGAGGGCAGGUCAAGUUUAGUGUGAUGCAGCCUAACACCCAUGUCCAUGCCCACACUGGCCCUACCAACUGCCGCCUUCGAGCUCACCUGGGUCUUGUGGUUCCCAAAGGGGUGUUUUUGAAGGUUGCAGAGGAGACCGUUACAUGGGAGGAAGGGAAGAUCUUCAUAUUUGAUGAUAGCUGGGAGCAUGAAGUGUGGCAUGAGGGAGACUCCCUCCGAUUGGUGCUGAUUGUCGAUGUCUGGCAUCCAGAACUCACAGAGCAUGAGCGCAAGACUCUCUCACCUAUUUGAUGGGUUUCCUAUGGAGAUCCUUCUGUGGCCAGUAGUGUUCCAGUUCAAUAGUGUGGAUGAGGUUAAGGAGACAUACCAUUAAUGUUGUAAGUGUAGAACUGUUCCAAUAUUUUGUACAAGUACUUAAGUUAUCUGUUCAGCUUUACACAUUUAUUUAAGAAUGCAACAACAUUUUCAUCUAUUUUCCAUAUUCAGUUUAAAGAACAAAGUAAUUAGAGCAUCAAUGCCUCAAACAUUGUUUAUCAUUAAGGUUGUAUGGGACAAGAUAUGUAUUAAUGGUUUGAUUUUAUGUAAGCUUUAACUGAUGUAGCACAAAUAUAGAAUUGCAUGGACUUGGAAUCAUUCAAACUGAGAACAAUGCUAAACUGUCCUGUAUUGGCAGCUGUUGGGUACAGAAAAAAAAAAAAGCAUUACCUUUUCAUGAAUAGUUCUUGGGGAUAGUGUAUUAUGUGAAAGCAUCUAUAUUAAUAGCAGUUUGUAGCUCUUGUAGCACUGCUCUUUAUCAGUUUACCUUUCUUAAGGUAUCUGAGAAUUGCACAUCUCAUAAGAAUGAUCUUGUGAGACUUCAAGCUUUGAUCUUUAGGCUUUUCAGAAGUAGUGUGGUGGCUUCUUGAAAUUUACUUUUAAUACCAGAUUUGCUUUAACAGUUUGAUGUUUUAGAUUUCAUUUUAUGCAUUUUAUUUGUAUAUUUUAUGCACAGGUUUAAUGAUAGUUCUUAUUCCUAAAUGUAUUUGUUAUUUAGUUUUGAAAUUUGUCACAAACAAAAACAGCCCAAUUUUUUUUAUUCUUGUUAGUAGUGGAUUCUUCCCAGGAGAUAUCAUCAUGGGAGGUGCUGCACACUCAGCCUAUGACCAUCUGAAGAGACAUAAUAACCUUACUCAUUGCUGCAUAUACUCAAAUUGCUUGUUCAUUCAUACUCCACAUCAGCCCACUGGAUAUCUGCUCUAGCAAUCUGCAAGGGAGAAGUAACUCUGAUUUUUUUUUAAUACUUCUUAAAAUAUGAUUAUUAUUUACAGGGUCUGGUGUAAGGACCAGAUUAUGGUCAUGGAAUACUUCCUAGUGUGCCUUACUGCUGCUUAAGUGUUCAUUGCUGGGUAGCUUGAUAUGUGGCUCACCUCCACAUCUCAUUCUGGGAAAUUAUAGUCCUCAACGUUUGAAAGAGAAGUUAAUGGCCCGGUGGUUAGCUUGCUUGGCUCAUAACUAUUGAGAGAUCCAGGAUUUUAAUCUCCUUUCUAGCAGAGCUUGUCUGCCUUGAAGCUGGAGCCUCAUUUUGCCUGAGAGAAUAGAUGUAUCUCUAAGUAGAAGUGUAACUGUAACCUCUCUGUUUGACAGCAGCAGAAGGCCAGCAGGUCUGCCCUCCUAAAUGUACGUGUGUGGUUGUUUUACGUAUGACAUUGGUAGUAGUAGUGGGAGGAGGCCAAGAAUCAUGCUCAUCUUUGUGUGUGUGUGUGUGUGUGUGUGUGCGUGUGUCUGAUUUCAUGUGUGCAAGUGCACUUGUAAUGAGAGGCAGAAGUGGUUUAUAUUACAGCACAAAUGAUAAACUGGUUAAAUGUAAUAUAUUUAUUAUAAUUCCUUUUUAAGUAAGUGACCAAAUGAAUUACCAAGAGAUGUUGGUAUAACAAUCAAGAAAGAGCCUUGAGAAAAACUUGUAUAUGUUGAAGAUAGGUAUGUAAAGUUACAUUUAUCGCAGAAUGGUUCAUACUGAUAUAAUUUUACUUUGGGUAAGACCUCUGGAAACAUUAUAAGAUAUCCAAAAUUUUUUUCUCAUAUACAAUAAGAGUAUGAUGUAAAUGAAAUUCUUGAAUAGUUGUGUUUCAAGAAGCAACUAUGUUGUUAUAGUAAUUUUUGUUAAGAACUUAUUAGAUAAUAGGAGGCAGUGAGUGUGUGCCCAGAGUGGAAAACUCACAAUUUUGCUAUUAUGAUCAUCUUUAAGGAAACAGCCCUAAGUAAUGUAUAAAGUUUGUGUGAUGAUGAUGGUGGAAUGAUUUUCCUUCACUUCUGUGAGGCACAAAGGUGGCUGGGCUGAUGAUGGUCUGUGUACAAGGAUUUUACUGUAGAUGUUUCUCUCGCUAAAUAAAAAAGAAAUAUUUA